CACAGGACUGUAUGUUGGAGCAGACUGAAGGGAGGGGAGUGAUGUUAGUAUUGUUAAAAGGUUCUCCGAUUAUGCAAAACCUAUCCACAUAAGGGUGCGUUCACACUGAGUAAUUCAAGAGGAAUUUACUCGAGUGAUUCCUCUUGAAUUCUCCGCUCCAUAUUACUGCUCAUCUUCUCUGCCCAUUGACUUUAAUGUUUUUUCCGUUGUCCUGUUCACACUGCGGAAAUUCUGCCAGCGGAAUUCUGGCGCUGAAUUCCGUUCCACUUGGAGAAAGAGCAUGUUCAUUCUUCAAGCGGAAACCGCGAGCAGAAUCCAAUAAAAGUCAAUGGUAAAAAAAAAUUCCCCCCGACAUCGUUUUCAGGCAGAAUUCAAGCGGAAUUCAGAAAAGUAGAUUAAAUAGCCUCCUCCUUCAUUCCUCUUCAUUUCCGCAUGGAAAUUCCGCUUGAUGGAGAAGGCAACAAUUUCCUGACCGAAAUUAUUCCUCGUGAAUUCCUCAGUGUGAACGCACCCUUAGUGUCUGAUCCCGGUGGGUCCCAGUGGUCGGACCCCCCUGCAAUCUCCUGCACAGGGUCAGGCUCUCACCACUGAAUCCCAUCCCAGCCGGUGAUUGCUGAGGGGCGUCUCGGAAGGUGGGGGCCGGAGUGCUUAGGGCAUUUAGUCUGGUGUUCUCCAAACUGGGGCUCUCUACAUGUUGCAAAGCUACAAAUCCCAGCAUGCCUGGAGUUGUAAUUUUGCAACAUCUGUAGGCCCACAGUUUGGAAGCAACUGAUUUUGUUAUAACCCAUGAUGCCCAAUUCAAAGAUGGCGGCGGUAGCGCUUCCUGCGCGAUAGGAAAUGACGUAAACCUAAGUACGCUGUAUCUCCAAUGACAGAAGUUUCUUCCCCGGCGAGCGCUAUGGCUGAACCCAGCCCGGCAGAGCAGAUUCGUCAGGACUUUGCUCCCCCACAGGUCCCGGUGGAGGCCGCCGCUCGGGCCAUGGAAGCGUUUGCCCGGGGCCACCAUUGUGAGGGGCGUCGGGUGGUGCUGAUCACCUCUGGGGGCACCAAGGUCCCGCUGGAGUCCCGCACUGUGCGCUUCCUGGAUAAUUUCAGCAGCGGCCGCAGGGGGGCAGCAUCCGCAGAGUACUUCCUGCAGGCCGGCUACGCUGUGAUCUUCCUGCACAGACAGCGCUCUCUAUACCCGUACAGCAGGCGCUAUGCUGCCACCAACUGGCUGGAUGUCUUGCGGCUGCAGCCCGGAGAGGAGGCGCCCAGAGUGGAGGCAGAGCAGAGCCGUCUGCCCGGGAUUGUGCACAUCCUCCAGGACUAUGGGCGCAUGAAGGAGGCGGGCACCCUGCUGCCCAUAGAGUUCAAUACACUGUCCGACUACCUGCACCUGCUCCGGGCCGCCGCACAGGCCCUCAGCCCCCUAGGGUCCAGUGCUAUGUUCUACCUGGCCGCAGCAGUCUCGGACUUCUACAUUCCUGCGUCAGAGAUACCGGAGCACAAGAUCCAGUCAUCUAGCGGCCCAUUACAGAUUACAAUGAAGAUGGUUCCCAAAAUGCUGUCUCCCUUAGUAAAGGACUGGGCUCCCAAAGCCUUUGUAAUUUCUUUUAAACUUGAAACCGAUACAGAAAUCCUACUUGAGAAAGCGCAGAAAGCAUUGGCCACCUAUCGGCAUCACGUGGUGGUGGCGAACAUCUUGGACACUCUCCGGACGUUGGUGGUGAUCGUGACCGCUACAGAAGAAACUAAGCUCUCCGUAUCUGAGGAAGAAGAACGUGCGGGGGUGGAGAUAGAAGAAAAGAUCAUCAAGGAUCUGACCUUACGCCACACGCACUUUAUGGAUAGGGCUGAAGUCAAUUAGAUGCCUGUACUGCUCGAAACUCAAUGGCCAGUAUAAAUUACCACCCUGCUAUGGUGAACCCUUACAUAAGGGGCAUCUCAUACAGGAAAGGUCGUAGGGCACCCAUGAUGCCCACCCUGCCGUCCGGUUUUGAGGUUAAUUCCGUCCGUGUACACAUCCAACAUGCUGUAAAUCUUUGAACACUGUAAUGAGCAUGACCACCUAGCAUUUCCAUGGAAGUUUAAAAAAAAAAAGUAAAAAAAAAAAAAAAAUUCCAAAGCAAUGGAAAAUAAAAUGGAAAAUAAAAUUCGAAAUGGAAGAUAAAACGGUUCCGCCGAUGAUCUAUAGUAAUAUUCACGCCUCUGUGUUCUCCCACAGAAUACGCUGGUAAUGCAAUGUCUGAAUAAAGUUCAUAUUAGUCAGGCAAUGUAUACACAGUCUCUAGCCAGGACAAUAGUGAUGAGCGGCAUUGGCCAUUUUCGAAUUUGCGAUAUUUUGCAAAUAUAUAGACGAAUAUUCGUCCUAUAUUCGUGAAUUUCGCGUAUUCGUUAUAUUCGCAUAUGUGAAUAUUCCCGUAUUCAAGGAAGAAAACAGUGAGGGGGUGGGCAACUUUACUAUUGGUUGCUUGGGAUUAGAGAUGAGUGAACUUACAGUAAAUUCGAUUUAUCAAGAACUUCUCGGCUCGGCAGUUGAUGAC